GCGCUAUCAUUCUUACAAGUUCACGAUCAAAUGAUGUUAGGCAUGCGGAAACGUAUCGAAAUGUCGAGGUGUUCGGCUCAAGGCACGACAAAUCCCGAUACGUAUCCUUGCAUGACUGCGAUGCAGAGCUGCAGCGGUCUGCAUGGUACUCCUAGCGCUAAGUGGACCAGGGUUUCUGCAUCCAACGACCUGUCUGUUGGUAGAGGGCCCGAGUAUAUGCAUACGAUCGUCGCACAUCGUUGCUGUAAGGAUGGUACUCUCCCCUUGCACGACUACCUGUGUGAAGUGUAAUUGUUAUUAUUUACCUGGCCAGUUCAACCAACUACAUGUUCCUGCUACUCUCCAAUUUGAUCGCCGUAGCUUUGCUUCCUUGUGUCACCUGUGUGUAUCGAGUGAACAAAGUCUCAGAGCAUCCCUCCAGCCCUGCCUUCUCGUUUUAGAUGCACCUUUCCGCCAUUCCACGACGCAGACCUGUACCCCCAUUCAUCAACCAUACGCCCAGAGCCUUUGGGCUCCAAAAACUCGGCCAGUCACAUCAGUUUUCAGUAAUGUUUGGUCCAACCGGUAUGGCGGUGCCUGUCUUGCUGCCAGCCCUCCCAGCCAAACCAGCGCGCCCUGAUGUAGCUGCAAGUGGGGGAAGCAGUACGGGCGGCAGCCUCAGCUAUGCUAGCUCUCAAGCGGACGUUAAAAUACAGAAAGACGCUCUCCCAGCAUCAUCUGAGACUGCCUCUGCCGAAGACAAUAGGAGCCCCUUCGUAGACAGGAUGAUGACUCAGACAAACCUUCUCGUUCUGCCUCCGUCCAAUCCAUCGUACCAGAUGGCUUACUUCCUCAAGACCACUGGGCCGGUGAAGGAGCCUCUAGCGAAAAAGGCGAGAUCUAAAAGAAUAUCCUCCGCAGUGCGCAUCUUCAAAACAAGUAACAAUCGGCCCUCAGAGUCACUGACUGCUGCCCAUAUGAGGCUCAACGAAAUCAUCUCAGAAGAAAAGGACGGUCCGGAAGUCGAGAUGCAGCCCCCAGACGAUGCCUCUCAGACGUCCAAGAAGCCCCUGUUGUUGACAGAGCCGGCACUACCAGAGGUCGUGAUUCCAAAAGUGUCCAAAACAGGCCAAAAAUAUUUCGAGAUUGAAACGACCAGCAAGAAAUACGGGCACGCAAAAGCACAAAAAAGCCCCGAAAUAGCCGAGUCUCGAGUCUCUGUGCUAGUCACGGAUCAACUCAGCACUGAAAGCUUCCAAGAUUGGGUUAUGGGCUUCGAAGGCUCCCAAUGCGACACAGUCUCCCAGAAAGAUGAGGGGCCAGAGGCCCUUCGAGGUUGGCCGACAAAAGGAAUUUCACAGACACUGCCUCAUGAAGAAACUGCUCGAGUACUCGAUCGCCAAACGACAGCCCCAGUGCGUCCGCUAUUCCUGGGAACAAAAGCUCGUGCGGAGACUGCGACAAGAGACCGAUACGUUCGGGUGAUACCAGGAAUAACGGCACCACUUAGAAGUCAUCCAGUGACUUCCGGUCCCGUGCCGAGCGUCUUGCCUCCGGCAUUGCCAGUCAACAAGGCCAGCCCCAAAGGAAUCGGUCCGGUCAAAGCCGCAGCUGUUGCUCAACCACGUCCGCGAAGAAUGAACGGCCAUCCACCAGUGCUUUCAAAAACCUCGAGUGACGUAUCCGGGCUUCGGUUCUCCUAUACUCCACAAGAGGGUGUGAGAUCGGUCUCAGAUAGUCCUGGGCCUCCGCCUCCCCGCAGUCCCUUACGACUGUCGAUACCGUCCGAAUCCUUAGGCGAGAUGUUGAACAAGUCGACACCGUGUACUAGUCCCGAGACCUGUGAGAAGAUCGAGACACCGAUCAACGAGGAGCAGGCUAUUCGAGUGACGAAAGAGGCUGCUGUUACAUACGAUACUCGAGAGCAGAGAGACGACGAACUGCCUUUCUUCCUCAAGCCAGGAAGCAGUGGAACGAGUAGUGAUGUCUUCUGCACAAACUCGAGCGAGUUCAGGGUGCAUCCAUCGAAGCCUCUCGAGCUCAUUGACGCCAUGGUGAAAGCAUCUCAGCAAAACACAUCGCGCCGACGCCUCCGUAAAGCUAGGCCUGAGGGCCCGCGUCCGUUUGACCUGAACGUCUCGAAUCCACAAGCCUCUCCUGAGCGCGACUCAAGGCCUGACGGUUAUUGCACAAGCCCGCUCUCCAUUAAGCGCACCACCAGCACAGGCGAGAUGUCAGAGAAUUAUCGAGUCAUUGCUACUACUGCCUCGCCUUCACCUAGGAUCAGUCAUGUUCGCAAGGCUCCCAGUGCAAGAGGCAGGAACAGUCCAGCACACCGAGUUAAGGGAAGCAGACGUGGCCGAGGCCCAGUAAGCAUAACUCCAGCACCUUCGCGAGUCAGUAGUCCAUCGAAGCACGGUCGAACGGUCUCUAUAAUUGCAGAUUUACCAUCGCCACCUCCUAAGAAGGAGCUACCACCGACUCCCCAUGCAAGGACUGCAAGAUCGGAAACAGUGCUAGAUGUAGGGCUAGCAAGGACCGAAUCGAUUAAAGACUUACCCGCACCACCAAUUGGUGAGAGUGGACACAGCUCAGUGUUCCCUUCCCCACCUUCGAGUGCAAAGACAGCAAGAUUCAAGCUACAGCCGGGCGAAAACAGUCCUUCAAGCAUCGAGGCACGCAUGGACGCACUUGAACGUAGAAACAAAUUGUUGGAAGCUGCGCUUUCAGCUGUGCUCAAGACUGGAGGGAUGCUCAAUGGUUGCCCAUGUCAGGCGUCACACAUGCCUGGGCAUGAAUGUGAAGCAGCGGCAAGCGAGCCAUUGGUCGCAAGAGCAAGUGUACGAAGCAGAGUAAGCUCGGGUAGUAACGGGUCGAGUGCACUAGAUGUAUAUCUCAAUACAAGAGGCAGGUAAGCAGUUCCAGGAGGAGCGUUGAAAAUGUGGUAUGAUUAUAUAAUCAUUAGUUAAACAUGUAUACACCUUUCGGAUCAGUUGUUAAUGCAAUCGCGCCGUGCAAACCCCGGAAAAUCGACUUCGAAUGUGGGUGACGGGAAUAUGAGCGAUGGUUCGUCAGCGUAGAAUCGCUAGCCACCAAGAGCUGUUGAUGUUGCAGAUGCUGUAGCGAAUGUGGAGGCCUGGGAAGUGGAUGGAGAAGUGAAAG